AUGAUUAUUGACAUUGGAGGUGAAAAGACAAAAAUGGGUAUUUAUGGGGAGGUAAGAAAUAAUUUUCGUGUUAUUGAAUCAAAACAAGGUAAACAAGAAAUCCCUUCUGUCAUUGCAUUAAAUGACCAAGGUGAUAUUCAAUUUGGUGAAAAUGGGGAAAGAGUUAUGGGAAAUAAAGGAUAUGUAUCAAUAAAAUAUCCAAUGCUUAUAAAUUCUAUUACACAAAAGUUAAAUGAACAACAUAAAUCAAAAAGAUUUGAAUGGAUAUUUAGAGAUGGAGAUGGGUUAAGUGUGUUGGAAGAUGAUCCAUUAAAAAUAAAAAUUGGAGGAAUUACUGCAUCAUAUGGAUUUCUUAUAUCAGCUUAUAUUGAUGAAUUAAUUGAUCACAUAGAUAUUAAAGAAGGAAAUAUCAAAACUGAUUAUCCAUCUGUCUUUAGCAUUCCAAGUUUUUUCAACAAUAAACAACUUGACAUAUUAUAUAAUAGUAUGACUGCACUUACAACUGAAAUAGAUGACCAACAAGAUGCUGUUGUUGGUGAUGAUAUACCAAAAGAAGAUGUGAAAGAUAUUGAUGGAGAAAUUCAAGAAUUACAAAAUGAAGUUUCUCAAUUAGAUGAUGAUAAAUUUAUUCAACGAAAAAAAGAAACAAAAAAGAAAAAUACAGUAAAGACGAAUAAAAAGAAGAAUAAAAAAAGAGUUAAAGGUUUAAAAAAAUCAAAAGCAGAUACCCAAGAAGAAGAAUUUCAAUUAGAAGAUACCCAAGAAGAAGAAUUUCAAUUAGAAGAUGAUAUUAAUACUUUAAAGGAGGAUGAAUUAAAAGAAGACACAAAUAAUAAUUUUGAACCAGUUGAAAAUAAAUUAAUUAAAAAGUUGAAAGAAACAACACUCUUUGUUUCCAAUCAUGUUAUUCAUGCACUUGCAUACUACUCCACUGAAAAUAAUGAAAUUAUUAAUCCAACAAAUAAACCAAUUAUUGUCAUUGAAUUUGGUGCUUCAUAUUGUCGUGCAACUAAAUUUAUUAUUAAAGGAAAGAAAACAAUUAAACUUCUUCAACAUGAAGUUGAUUUUAAUAUUAAUACUCGUAAAUUAAAUCACAAUGUAUUUUUAAUGGUACUAAAGAAAUUUGUUAAUACAGAAGAAGUAGUUAAUAAAAUUAAAAGUAUGGCACCACACCAACUUGCAGAAUUAUGGAAAGGUAUUGAUGAAAUGAGAAUUAAAUUAUCUGCUAACGAACAACUAAUUACUGAAUUUAUGAACCAAAAAAUUAUUCUUGAACAAAAUGAAUUUAAUCUACUUUUAAGAGAAGAAAUGCAUGAAUUAACUCAAAUGUUACUUUCUAUGAAAAGUAAAGACCAAGAUGAUCUUGUUUAUCUUACAGGUGGGUUAAGUUAUACUCCAAUAUUAAAAGAAAAAGUGAAAGAUAUAUUUGGUCCUUAUUCUUCGAAGAUUGGUAGCAAACAAAUGUUAGAAGGAAUGAAAUUGUUUGGUAUGAUGCAUCCUAUUAAUGGUGCAAUAACAUCUGCAAGUAAUUUACCUUAUAUAGAAGACAUUCUACCAUUUGGAUUAUAUAUUAAAAUUGAUGAUCAACAAAUUGAAUUAUUCAAAAAAAAUCAUCAAUUUGAAGAUGGAAAUGAAGAAAAUAUUGAUAUUGACCCCAAAGGUGCUAAAUAUAUUGAAUUAUGUACAUACCCAGUUAGUGAGAAUGAAUAUGAUUCUGAUAAUUGUUUUGAUAUGUAUGAAGUUGAAGGUAAAAUACAUAUAAAAGUAGUUUCGUUGAGUGAAGGUUUUAUUGAAAGUAUUGUUGCUAGUGGUGGAAUUAAACGAGUAAAUAAAGAGAGAGAAGACUUAAUUUCAUUAAUAAGAAAAAGAAGAACAAACAAUGAAAUAGUACAAAAACAAAUUAUGAAAAAGGUAGAAUAUCAAACUUUGCUGAUGACAUAUCGUGACAAUAAAGUAUGUAAAAAAGAUAAAGCAUUUAUGGAAUUUAUUUAUUCAGAAUUAGAUUUACUUGACGAUGAAAAAUUAUAUCCUUUAGAUGAAAUUGAAACCAAAAUAAAAGAGGCACAACGUUUAUAUGAAGAACUCCUUCAUGGAAACCCAAAUAAAGAAACAAUAGAUCAAGACUUAAAAGAAGAUGAAGAAGAAGAAACUAAAAAAAAAGAAAAAUUGUUAAAUAAUGAACUAAAAUCGGAUAAAGAAGAGUUGAAUCAAAAAAACAUUGAAAAUAACGAAGAAAAAGACAAUGAUAAUGAAAUUGAAGAAAGACAAGAAAAAGAUAAUAAUAAGAGAAAAAGACCAAAUGAAGAAGAAAAAGAAAGAAUUAGAAAAAUAAAAGAAGAAUGGAAAAAACAUUUAAAUGAAAAAGAUAAUCAAAAACAACAACAACAAAAAAAUCCAGAGAAACAUGAAGAAGACAAAUUAUUAAUUACAGCUAAAGAUGUCACAAAUAAUCUCAAAGAUAAAUUACACAAAAAAGGUAUUCAAGAUAAUACACUAAAUGAUUUAAUUAAUAAAAUUGAGAAAAAAAUAAAUGAUAAAACAUUAACUAACAAUGAAUUCUUAGAGUAUUUUGAAAAUAUAAAAAAACAACUUAUGAUAGAUUCUACUAAACAAUCAGUAUUAUCAAAUUAUUUCAUAAAUCCAAUAGUUAUUUUAUUAUGUUGUUUCUUGAUUGGGACAAUUAUUCUUUUCUUUAUUAAGUCAAGGAGAAAACAAAAUGAAGUUGAAUUAGAAGAUAUUAGAGAACGAUGA